CAACUAAAACCUUGACUCGGUUACAAGUGUUACAAACUUAGAAGAGUACCUGUUGUUGUUCUUGUUCUUGUUCUUGUUACACCAAUUACGAGCUAGUUCGCUGUUUUUUUAUUCAUUAUUACCAAGUCUUCUACCUAAGCAAUCCUCUUACUUGUAAAUCUUCAGUCUAAGAUUAGAUUUUUGCCAAACCUCAUUGGGUGAACUGAGCUGGGGUUUUGUUGGAGGUGCAAGAAAUAAUGUGCCCAUUGCUUGUUCAUUUUAGUUUCCUGGGUUCCAUAUAGGUGACUGUAGUUAGUUUUGGUUCAAGAAAGUUGAAGAAACAGGUGCUUCUAGCAUGCCCAUUUCCUAAAAUGUCUUGGAUACAAUCUCAAAUCAAGCUAAAAGAUGGUGGUUUGAGUUACCAUCCUCACUCUCUACUUUCUUCGCCUCCUUCUUCUUCUUUCUCCUCUCCUCCAUUGUCCUACAGUAAUGAUAACCAAAAGCAGCCAAACUCCCUUUCGUCAUCAUCUUCAGCUAGUAAAAUAAGCCCUGCUGUUUUGUUCAUCAUUGUUAUUCUGGCUGUUAUAUUUUUCAUAUCUGGCCUUCUUCACUUGCUUGUCAGAUUUCUUAUGAAGCAUAGGUCUCCCUCAUCUGUAUCAGAAUCCAACAGAUACCCAGAAAUGUCAGGAUCUGAUGCUUUCCAAAGGCAGUUGCAACAACUCUUCCAUCUUCAUGAUUCGGGUCUGGAUCAAGCUUUCAUAGAUGCUCUACCUGUGUUUCUAUAUAAGGAAAUAAUGGGGUUGAAAGAGCCAUUUGAUUGUGCGGUUUGUCUUUGUGAAUUCUUGGAACAAGAUAAGUUGAGAUUGCUUCCUAUGUGUAGUCAUGCUUUCCAUAUAGACUGUAUAGACACAUGGUUGAUGUCUAACUCUACUUGCCCUCUUUGUAGAGGGACCCUUUUCACACCUGGGCUUCCAAUUGAAAACCCAAUUUUUGAUUUGGAAUAUCCAAGGGAAGAAAACAUGUUAUCAAGCAAUGGAGGAAGUGGGGUGUCUCUUGGCCCAAAACCCGCAGAGAGUGACAUUGGAAAGAGGGUGUUUUCUGUGAGACUAGGCAAAUUUAGAAGUUCAAAUGAUGGAAGUGGAGGAGAAAUAGAAGGUGGAGAAGGUGUAUUAAGAGAAGGGGAGACCAGUAGCAGUAAUUUGGAUGCAAGGAGAUGUUACUCAAUGGGGUCAUUCCAAUAUGUGGUUGCUGAUAAGUUGCAAGUAGCUCUUUGCCCUUCUAGAGGUGGCAAUGGUACUGCUAGUAUGAAGCUUGUGAAGGGAAGAAUUGGACAAACUGGGAAUUCAUCAAAUGAUGGUGAUGUUAAGGGAAAAAGGAUUAACUUUACAAGUAAAGGUGAAAGCUUUUCUGUAUCCAAGAUCUGGCAAUCGUCUAAGAAAGGUAAAUUCCUAAGAUCUUCAGAUACAGUAGGCUCUUCCUCAGUUACUGUUGGUUUGCCAUGGACUGGUAGUAGAGCUCAUGUCCUAAGGUAGUUACUGUUCCUUUUGUACUUCACCAUAGUAAUAUAUAUUCAACGAAUCUUUUUAUUUAAAGCCCUUUCCUUUUAGCUUUUACUUUCACUUUCCUUUCAAAGAAAUUUGAUUCUUUACUAGUGCAACUGCAAGUGCAAUGCAACUUCUGUGAUUUAUGCUUCUUUAUGUUCUUACUUUAUGGCAAAUGGCAAUGUACUCCGUCUUUGAGGUAAAA